AUGGCAGCCGUGGACGCAAUGCUUGGCCGUUGGAUCCGCAGUAAUGGCAUGUCCAGUAUUCGCGACGACAGACCUGAUUUCGCUCGACUCAAAUUCCAAAUGAUUACUCGUACCUUUUGGCUUUACUUUGGUCAUAUUUCGAAAUUGCUUCGAGCCCCACCACCGUCGGCACCUACACCUCUGCCGAUACAAGAGCCUGUUACGACAACCGAGGGCUUGUACACCAUGGUACAGAAGCCAGCAGUUACGCUGAAAGUCUCCAAUGAACAAGAAGUUCUUCAAGAGGAAUACGAUCUUCACGUCAGUAUUGAAUCAGCCUUUAUUCACGUUCUAAAUUACCUCGGCGGUCUGGGCUCCAGUAUAAUCUUACCCUUUAUUCCUCAUUACAUUGAUUUCCAUCCUGAGAUUCUCAAAUCUAAAUAUUCCAUUCUGCUCCCAAAUGUUGAAAACCUUCCUGCGGGAUAUGCGGCGUACGCAAUGGAAUCUAUUAGACCGUUUCACCCUCACCAUGUCAGGUACCUUGUGAAGCGACAUCUGUCCCCGUCUAUCCAAGAUCGAGCUUUGGAUACACUCUCGAAUUCGCAUUUUGUCACCAAGGUCUGCCUAGGCGGCCUGACACCGCUGUCCGAAAAAUGGCAAAUCGGCCUCAAUGACCGUCCCGCGUAUGUUGACCAACUGUACGCAGAACGAGUGGAUAUCGCUGGUCUGUCCAAAGUCAUGGGCUCAACUCUGGCUGUCCUGCACUGGUGCUGUGGUAUUGACGCGGCUGGCGUGGAGUUCGUCCUUGGUUGCGACAAGAAGGGAAACAUUCGUCUCUGGUUGGCGAACUUCGGUAACUGUCGACCAUUUAAACAAACAGAAUUUGACGUGACGACACAGCUUGUGGAUGCAGUAAUGAAUAAUGAUUGCUGUUGGCCUAGAUGGAUAAAUUUGGGAGUGUUUCGUGAGAUAUGGCACGAAUUCUGGAAGGGAUACAUCGAAAUGUCCUUAUUAUCUUGCAAUGAACAUCAGGGGAAACGACCGAAUGCCUUUCUACCACGUCUAUUCAUAAACGAACUAGGAAAGACGAGAGGCCCGCCAGUUUGA